GACGGUGGGUGCAUCGACUAUCCGAGGACUGCCCGCGGAAGCUCGCCCGGUGGCUCCUGAAGGCGGCCCAGAACCGACGGGCGCUCGUGAGCGUCGCCGCCGCCGGAGCCAUGGCCUUCUUCUUGGCGCGCCAGCGGGAGCUGCACCUCACCAGGGCCCGCAUGGCGAUGAGGCAGCUGGCCUGGUACAAGGUGCUCUGCACCAUCUCGCGCAUGCAGUACGCCGUG